AUGAAGUGUGUGAAAGAAGACGUUAAGAAUCGCUUUGGUGGAGCCGCCUACUCGAUCUCAGGGGUGAAUGGUGAGGAGUUCACUUGGUCCACUUCCUUGUGCAGUGCAUCUUCGAAAUCUACUCCAAUAAUCAAGUCUAAAAGACCCAACCCAAAUUCCACUUUCGAAUAUGAGCCGACCAUUGUGCGUGUCCGACACCUGACAGGUGUCAGGCACACUUGA